AUGUCGCAAUCACCAACUCGAUCAUUCACCACAAAUCCUGCCUAUGCUGCCAACGACGCAUGGACCACCUACCGUGGACCUCAGCAAAAGGCCACUUACACCACUCCCACAACCACCUACAGAACAACCCAGAACCCUGUCUACUACAACGCCUCAACAAAGACCUUCUACCCCUCGACCCCAAUCCGCUCCAUCACCCCCACCUAUACCCCAAUCGCCCUCCAGGACCCUAUCACCGUGACCAAGCCCCGCACCCUCCUCGUCGUCCUGGACCUUAACGGCACUUUGUUCUACCGUGCAAAGAACAACAAGCGCAAUGUCACCCCUCGCCCUUACCUGCAAGCCUUUCUAGAUUUCAUCUUUGAGCACUGCAAGGUCAUGGUCUGGUCCAGUGCCCAGCCCCACAGUGUCGAUGCAAUGUUGAGCUGUGGUUUUGGAAACCGUAUUUCGAAACUCGAACGUGUCUGGACCCGCAAUCAUUUCCGACUGUCCGAACAUGAUUACAACAAGAAGGUUUUGACCAUCAAGGAUUUGGAGUUCAUUUGGGACGCCAUCAAGGCUGAGAAGACCGGCGCCGCAGCAAAAGGAACUUCUACCGCUGCGGCGACUGUUGUCAAUAGUAAGAAAGCCAUGGAGGAUCAGCCCGAAGUUUUCGACCAGACCAACACUGUCCUAAUUGAUGACUCGUUUGACAAGGUCCAAUUACAACCCCACAACGGAGUCCAGCUCCUGGACUUUGACGAAGAUCUGGCCAGGGCUGGGACCGACUGUGAGUUGCUCAAGGUCAGAAGGUACCUCGAGAAGCUGAUCUACCAGAAGAACGUUAGCGCUUACAUGCGUGUCCAUCCCUUCAAUUCCAACGCUCCUCUCCACGAAGAUGAUGAUGAUGUGGCCAAGAAGAACAACGACACCAUGAACGCAAAAGAUGUCGACGAAUUGGCCGACCUCGCCAGCCGCCUCGAGAAGAGCAGUAUUUGA